AUGGCGAUCAUCUCCGGCGCAACAAUAAUCACCUCCCUCUCCCUCUUCCACAUUACCCUCGCCUUCUUCUUCCUCACCUCUCCGUCGACGAUCGCAGACCAAACCCUAGUUUUCAUAAUCGGCGAAGCAAUGAGCAUGCCCCAUUCCCGCUCCUUUGACCUCCAAUCGGCACCCCUAGCCUUCCUCGCGGCCGUCCUCCUCGUCGUUGGGGUCACCGAUCUAGUCGCCAUCUCCCUGCCCGAGGAGAUCUCGCAAUACCACUGGGGAUCGCAAGCGCCCGUUCGCCUAGUCCUCUUCUUCUUCAUAACGUUCUACUCCUACUUCUUCUCCUCGACCUCGCCCUUCUACACCUCCUCGCGCUCAUCCGCCUACCAAGCGAGUGGGUGGGGGGAAGGACUGAAGAAUAGAGUGCUGUUUACGUGGGCCUUUUUCGAGAUGAUUACGUGGUUCUGGGUGUUUGUUACUUUGAGAGAGGAGAGGAGAGAAAUAUUAGCGAGGAUUCAAGCGAGGAAGGCGGCGGAGGAGGAUAUGAUGUGA